UAUUGAUGGUACAGUCCAAUGAAAUAAUACGCAUGCGCGAGGUUCGCGCCUGAGUUGUGCCACUCAGAAUACACGCGAAAUGGCGUCUGCUGCGGAUUACAGUUCCUAUGGUCAGCCUGCGGGCCAACAAGGGUAUGGCUCUUAUGGGGCGCAGCCCUCUCAGCCUUAUGGGCAGACCACGCAGCAGGCUUAUGGCCAGCAGCAGGGCUACAGCUCCUACAGCCAGCCUGCUGAAUCUACCUACCCGCCAGCAAGCAACACUUCGGGUGGAUACUCCCAGCAGGCAUAUGGGUCUUCAUAUGGACAGCAGCCAGCAGCUACAGCUGCAUACAAUGCUGCUCCUGCUGCUCCCCAGGGCUAUGGGCAGCCGGUGCAGUCCUAUGGAACUGGGGGCUAUGAUUCCGCUUCUGCCUCCUCAACCACCAACACCAACCAGCCCAGCUAUGGAGCCCAGUCUGGAUAUGGGGGCCAACAGGCUUAUCCUGCAUACGGCCAGCAGGCAGCAUCAACAGCACCUCCCAGUUACGGUGCCAGCAGCCAGCAACCGUCCGCCUACGACCAGAGCUCAUACUCCCAGCAGCCCCCACAGAGCGCCUACUCCCAGCAGACCCAGCAAAGUAGUUACGCCCAACAGUCAUCUUAUGGCCAGCAUGGAGCUUACCAGCAGCAGCAAGCCCCACCCCCACAGCAGCAGGCCCCGCCCUCUUAUGCUCCGCCCACUGGCUCCUACGGCCAGCCACCUGCGAGCCAGUAUGGUCAGCAGGGUGGAGCAGGUGGAGGUUAUGGCCAGCAGACUGACUACAAACCACCAAACCAAUACAGUAAUUACAGGCAGGAUCACUCCAACGGGAUGGGCGGAGGUGGCUACUCAGGCGGGGACCCCGGUGGCUAUGGGGAGGGCCGUGGCAUGGGUGGGGGGGAGAACCGGGGCCGAGGCCGUGGGGGGUUUGACCGCGGGAUGAUGCGUGGCGGAGCACCCGGCAUGCGAGGGGGCAUGAACCGAGGAGGAAUGGGCAUCACUGGAGACAGAGGUGGCUUCAGUAAGCCCGGUGGAUUUGACUCAGACACUGGUCGACCCGAAGAACAGGAUGACUCUGAGAACAGCACCAUCUACAUCACAGGCCUGACGGAGGGUGCUACUCUGGAGGAGAUGGCCGAGUUCUUCAAGCACAGCGGUGUCAUCAGGAUAAACAAGCGCACUGCUCUACCAGCCAUUAACAUCUACAGAGACAAGGACAGUGGCAAAAACAAAGGAGAUGCUACCCUGUCCUAUGAGGAACCCCCCUCUGCCAAGGCUGCAGUGGAGUGGUUUGAUGGAAAAGACUUCCAAGGCAAGAAGCUGAAGGUGUCGAUGGCCCGCAGGAAGCCCAUGAUGGGCAUGGGGAUGCAGAUGCCCAUGAGGGACGGCCGGGGAGGCAUGAUGGGACGGGGAGGCAUGAUGGGCCGUGGUGGCGGCAUGGGACGCGGUGGGGAUCGUGGUGGUUUUAUGCCCCGUGGGGGCCCAAGGGGGGAGGUGGUGGUGGUGGGUAUGGGACGCGGUGGCCCCACCGGUGGGAACAUGCAGCCGAGGGCAGGAGACUGGCAGUGCCCCAACGCGGGCUGUGGCAACCAAAACUUUGCAUGGAGGACUGAGUGCAAUCAGUGCAAAGCUCCCAAACCAGAGGGCUUUGGACCCCCUCCUUUCCCACCUCCAGGUGGUGAUCGAGGCCGUGGCGGCCCGGGUAUGAGAGGAGGUCGUGGCAUGGACCGCGGUGGACCAGGAGGCCCUGGUGGCCCCGGAGGACCAGGUGGAUUCAGGGGAGGCCGAGGAGGUGAUCGAGGCGGUCCUGGAUUCCGCGGCGGGCGUGGCAUGGACAGGGGCGGUUUCGGUGGCCCCCGAGGGCGAGGGGGACCUCCAAUGGACGACAUGGGUGGUCGUGGAAGGCGAGGCAUGGGGCCACCUGGCAAGAUGAUGGACAUGAAAGGAGAGCAUCGCCAGGAGCGACGGGACAGACCCUACUGAAGAAUCUGCGCUUGUAAAAAUCCUCACAGGAUUUGUCCUAAGUGAUUUUAAGUCACAGAAUUCCAUAUUUAUAACAGGUGUUAGUAUGGGAACUGUCAGCUCUGCAGCUAGUCUACAGUGACCUUUUGUAUUUUAUGUUUUUCUUUUUUAAAACGUUUAGUUUUGUCUUUAUGUUGGUGCAGAACGUCUAGUAAAACCAGUGGCAGGUGCAUGCUGUUUUGUGUGCAAAUCAGAUUUCUGGAAGAUGUAUUUUGUGGAAUUUUGUCCCAAGCAGUUUUUUUUAAAUCUUUAUCCACCAUUCUCUUCACUCAUCUCCUAUGUAAAAAUGUUCAAUAAAAAUGACAAAGAUGA